AUACCCAUUGUCAACCUCAAAGUCCCUACUUCAGAAACAUCAAACCUGCACAAAAGACCUCUCAGGCCACCUCCCACCUUUUCCCCUCCUAAAGAUGGAUGAAGACAAGUUUCAAGAUGACAUCCGGACGUACAGAGAAAGAAGUUGGCUCCAGUUCAGAUCAAAGCCCUACUUCCAUGUCUACGUGCUCUUGGCCGUCUCUUACCUGCUGAUUCUCGUUUUCAUCAUUGUUGGACUUUCCAAAGUAACAUCACUUUCAUCAGAACUGAGUGAAAUGAAUGCGGAGAUUCCAAAGCGACCCUCUGGACUUGAUGAUCAAUUGUUCCCCUGCGGGCCUGACACCAGACAGUGGGAGUAUUUCAACGAGAAGUGUUACUACUUCUCCCUAGAAACUGCUCCUUGGACGCGAGCCAAGACUCGAUGUGAAGAGAAACAGUCUCAGCUGGUCAUCGUCAAUAGUAUGGCAGAACAGAAUUUCCUUCAGAGCCGGACCAGAAAUGAGCGCUAUUGGAUGGGACUGACGGACAUGGAUGCAGAAGGAGUGUGGAGAUGGUUGGACGGCAGCGAUUACACAAGAGGCUUCCAGCACUGGAAGGCUGGAGAGCCCAAUGACGAUGCACGCAAUGAGGACUGUGCCCAUCUCUGGGGCAACGGUGAAUGGAACGACGUCUACUGCACCUACCUCUGCUACUACAUCUGUGAGAAGCCUUUGCCUGGCGCAGCCACAGCCCAUCACAGGGGGGCCUAAACAUCCCUUGCGAUGCUCCCCGAGGCACAGAGUAAAGAAAGAUCCAGUCUCCGCAUCCCUGUAGGUUCUAAUGCACACAUGGGGGGAAGAACCCUUUGAGACGUAAUUUUUAAAGCUUUUCAUUUUGAAAUGUGACCAUUUUUGCAAAUCGUUACGGACAAGGGGUUUUGGAAAUCAUUCCCGAUUACCAUAUAUAUAUCUGGUAUUUAAUUCUUUUGCAAUUCUACAGCAAAAUCUAUUGAAUGUAUGGCUGGCUGCUGUUUCACACAGCUUGAAGUUUGGUUUACAGCUUGAAUAAAUUCCUCACUUUUCCUUUU